CCGAAAUGAAAUUCCGAGAAGUCUGCUGAAGUAAUGCGGGGACGUUUUAGCUAUCAAAAAGUUCCCGUUUUUCUUGAAUUUUUCGUUACACUCUUUAAAAUCUUGAUGUGAGAAUGGGAAAAGAGUAUCAYUACACGUAUGUUGAUCACACCUCGACGGUYAAAGAAAAUGCAAGACGAAAAGAAGAAAAUAGACUUAAAAAUGAGCGAAAUCAACGUGAAAUUGCAGAGAAACAACGUAUUGAAAGCUUUGUUAGACAGACUGCUGAACAAGAGAGACAAGCAUUUCUUCAGAGGUUAAAAGGCGAAAAACGUGCAGAGGAAGAGGCAAGACUGAGAAAAGCUGGGAGMAAAGAAAAAGAGCGUCAAAAGUUGUUGSAGCUUMAAGCCAAAUCCGYRGCUGAACGAAAAGGCCUGUUUGAWUAUCAGUUUGGUUCCAAAAUCAAUCUGGCCAGCUUUCGUGRAUUGGACAUAAAUGACGUCGAUAAACUAAGAAUUGGUGURUUUGGACCGACAGGAUCUGGAAAGAGCUGCUUCAUYAGCACUUGUGAAAGAGUCGUGCGUAAUGAAGAUAAAGGGUCAUCUCCCAUUGCAACKUCUGGCGCAGAAGGUACURUCGURCUCGAAGACUUCCUUUCUGAGAUGUUCUUCAGACUGGUUGACACCAGAGGGUUUUUCCACUACGAUGCUAGCGAGGAGUGUGAGUUCAACGACAUUUUGUAUGGCCGAGUGAAACCCGGAGAUGUCAUAAAKAGARCAGGCGAURUGUCAUCUCAUCCACCAGAAGUGAAGAGAAAAGAGGCGCCAUUUAGUGACUGGACCCAUGGUAURAUUCUGGUAGUUAAYGGACAGGAUACUCGACUCCGCAAUGGAAUGUUGAAAGAUUAUUUUAGUCAAAUAAGAAUGUUAUUGCGCACGAUAGGUCUUUCCCCUGUAACGGUGGUGACACACAGAGACACCCUCAAAACACAGAAAGAGUGUGAGGAUGCCCUAGAGCUUGCUUCAGCRGCUACAGGAAGCUCACGYAGUCACACGUUCUUUGUGGCCAACUAUUGCCCUGAUAAUCCUGGACCUGACGUSAACACMGAGCUCCAAGUCUUCGAUAUUUUGCAUUUUGCUCUCACUACAGCCGAACGUUAUGUUAAGAUAGCAAAACAACAGAAGAGGAACAGACAGGAGGAUCAAAUUCAGAAGGCAAUAGACGACAUCUGCAACAACGUACAAACACUACUCGUCGACCCCACAAUUCCAGUUGACCUUUUUCUGACAGCACUUCAAGCCAAGUACGGAUGGAAAGACGCAGACCUCAAAAAAGUAUUGGAUCAAACAGACCAGGAAGACAUCAAAACCAUAGGGGUCCUGAACAAAACCUGGAAAGAGAUAGAUAAGACGGUUCCUUUAAAAAUGCGAAAUGUCAUCGAUAAGUAUUUAAAGAUUAUGUUUAAAACAUCUGGCCAAACUUUUCAGUAUGUUCUUAUUUCCACAGCGAUUCCUAUAAUCAUGAUUUUGGUGUAUGCAGUGUUUUUUCAUAGUUGUGAUUAAGUUAACAUAGGUUGUUCCUUGGUGUUACUGAGUUARAGACYGAAGAUACUGGAAACAAACAAUGAAACGUCUCCCUACUUCCCAGUUGCCCUCUUCUUCACCAGUUCUUCUAAAGGAACCCCAAUAGUAGAAAGAGUAAAAGGGUAGUGCGGUUAAGGAGGGCCAGAGUCCACAAAGAUCAAUUUUUAUUCAAUUAUUUCUAAAGUAUAUAGAUUAUCAAAUUACAAUUUAUAAACGUAUCUUAAAAUACGUAGGUGCAUGAAGGUAGUUAAAUUGUGUAAGCUUCUAAUUAAGUGAUGACGUUUAGAAAUAAAACAAAAUAAAUUAGUUUACACAUAGA